GGGUAGGUGAGACAGAGGCACAGCCUUCCUGUGGUUGCAGCGCCCAGAGAGUGCCAUGGACCUGGCGAGUGCACGCGCCCUAUAGCAAAAACCUCUCAAAAAAAAAAGAAUUGAAAAUCCCAACAAAGAAGAGCAAGAGGCCCAGGGUGUGGCAGAGAUGGCAAACUCUUCUACCAUCGGAGGCCAACGAGAGGGAAGGGGCAUAAGACAUGGGGAGUGGAGGGACGUAGAGUAAGCCAGAGAGUACAUGCCCCACCUAAAGCCAUCCAAAUCCAGAGUUUGAAGGCUCCAAACAGCCAAGAAGAGCAUCCUGGGAACUCAGCCUGCAGCCUCACAGAUGGUCAGCUAUGAUAAAAGGAAACCAACGAAAAGCGUGCUGGUGGUGGCUCUCCUUGUCAUAUUCCAGGUAUGCCUGUGCCAAGAUGAGGUCACAGAUGAUUACACUGGAGAAAACACCACUGUGGACUACACCAUUUUUGAGACUGUGUGCUUCAAGCAGGAUGUGCGAAACUUCAAGGCCUGGUUCCUCCCAGUCAUGUAUAGCAUCAUUUGCUUCAUAGGCCUCAUGGGCAAUGGGCUGGUUGUGUUGACCUAUGUCUAUUUCAAGAGGCUCAAGACCAUGACUGAUACCUACCUACUCAACCUGGCCAUGGCAGACAUCCUCUUCCUCCUGACCCUUCCCUUCUGGGCCUACAGUGCAGCCAAGUCCUGGAUCUUUGGUGUCCACUUUUGCAAACUCAUCUUUGGCAUCUACAAGAUGAGCUUCUUCAGUGGCAUGCUCCUCCUUCUUUGCAUCAGCAUUGAUCGCUACGUGGCCAUUGUUCAGGCAGUCUCCGCUCACCGCCACCGUGCCCGUGUGCUUCUCAUCAGCAAACUCUCCUGUGUGGGCAUCUGGAUGCUGGCCAUGAUGCUGUCCAUCCCUGAGCUGCUGUACAGUGGCACCCAGAGGAGCAGCAAUGAGCAAGCAUUGCGAUGCUCACUUAUCACUGAGCGUGUGGAGGCCUUGAUCACCAUCCAGGUGGCCCAGAUGGUGAUAGGCUUUCUGGUCCCCCUGUUGGCCAUGAGCUUCUGCUACCUUGUCAUCAUCCGCACCCUGCUCCAAGCACGCAACUUUGAGCGCAACAAGGCUAUCAAGGUGAUUAUUGCUGUGGUUGUCGUCUUCAUAGUCUUCCAGCUGCCCUACAAUGGGGUGGUCCUGGCCCAGACUGUGAGCAACAGCACCUGUGAGCUCAGCAAGCAGCUCAACAUCGCCUACGAUGUCACCUACAGCCUGGCCUGUGUUCGCUGCUGCAUCAACCCUUUCUUGUAUGCCUUCAUUGGGGUCAAGUUUCGCAAUGACCUCUUCAAACUCUUUAAGGACUUGGGCUGCCUCAGCCAGGAGAGGCUCCGGCAAUGGUCUUCCUGCAGGCACACCGGGCGUUCCUCAAUGAGUGUGGAGGCUGAGACCACCACCACCUUUUCCCCAUAGGCAACUCCUCUGCCUGGACUAGAAGGACCUCUUCCCAGGCCCCUGAGGUGAAAACAGGGAGCAGAUACAAUGACUCUGGACCCACCCAAAAGCUGCUGAGGGAAAAGCAGUUCUGGCCAUUAAGGUUGAUCUCCGUGUGAAAACCCAUGCCCCAGAAGAAGCUUAACCCCAACCCUAGCUACCUCGACCAAGGUUAAAAGAGAUGUGGCUAAUAAGCUAAUGCCAGAACUGGCAACUCUCCCUAACCAAGGCUGUAUCCCCAAACCUAAAACCAAAAGUGAAAGUCAAGAAACCACUCACAGCUGCUGGAGUGGAGACAGAUUGGUGAGAGCUAGGGUAGUGGAAGUGGGCUGGUUCCCCUGAAUGAACCUUCUUCUGGCCUGUAAGACAGUCAUCCCAGAGCUUUGAGGACUGUCAAGGACUGAGGUCAAUUCUUCCAGAAAACCAAGUCUUGUCUCCAAGAUCAGAGAUGGUAGAGAGACUUCUUGGCUUGGCAGGGAAAUAGGGAUUUCAGUAACUCUGAAUUCCUCCUUCUAUCUCCCCUUUUUCAUUGUCAUCCAACUCAGCAAGAAAUGACAGCCUCCAGGCUGCCCCAAGCGUGUACUUGUCCCCUUGCUGUCAUCUCUCCUUAGGCUUUGCUCUCCCAGGCCCCUGACAGGGAAGGAUGUGGUGUUUCCUGCAAGCCAAACCAGCUGCCUCAAUCUGAACAAAGCCAUGUCCCCAACCAGGGCUGUGCAGUGAGGAUGACAUGCAUUCAGGUCUUGGCUUUACUAGCAUGGGAGGAGAGGACAGGGAGGAGGUUAGGGGAUGGGUGGGGGUG